AUGGCGCAGGUCGUGGCGCACAGUAGUCCCUUCGCGCCGCAACAUGCUCCCCACGGCAUCAAGCGGUCGGCCGAGUCGUCGCUCGAGAACGAGCAGAGGCUGAGCAAGAGGUUCGACCUGCUAAACCUCGCUACUAACACCUCGCCAGUCGACAACAAUGGCACGCGCCUCUACAUCCCCGUCCCGGGCUCAACAGACGCCCACUCCCCACGGCGCGCCGACGCAGUUCCAACAGCCCACCCCCUCGCCGCCACCCUGCCCCUCACCAAACGCGCCCGCACGCCGCGCUCCCCUCGCGCCUCCGACACCAUGGACGUCGAAGACACGCCGCACCGCGUGUACAUCCACGACCUAGCCGCGGAGCUCAGCGACAUCGAGUCCGACGAGGAGAACCCCAUCUUCCUGCCCGACAUCGAGAAGCACCUGUCCAAGAUCCCCAAGCACGUGUUGCUGGGCCCGGAGCCGAAGAGCAACGAGCACAAUCAGAUGGUGCUGUAUAACGUGCCGGCGAGCUUGACGGUGCCCGAGGAGAGAGAUGGCGUGCGCAAGGCGAUUGUCGAGGCGAGGCAGAGGAUUAGAAACGGGCAGGCGAAUCCCGUCAUGGAGGUUGAGAGGGUGGCGAGUCCCGUAAGCAGCAUGGAUACGAAUAUGAAUAUACCCCUAGGAGAUGAUGUAGAGGCCAUGGAUAUUGAUUGA